GUUUUUUGGCUGAGCUUUUGCGACGGCAUUGGUGGCAGUCCUACGGGUUACCUGCUCGCCUGCGCACCUACCGACUGCCAGCUUCAAGGCCUCGCCCAGCGAAACGCGUCCGCAGGGCUUGCAAGCCUCGGUAGCUGCCAGCCUCGGUCUCCGGCGCGGCGCGGAGCGCGAACGCUAAAGGGUAGCGUGCGCGCCGCGCAGCGCGGAUGCCAGGGAGGCCGGCGCGCCAGCCCAGCAAGGCCCGCCCCUGGCGCCUCUGCGCCAUGAACCUCGACGAGCUCGAGAGCGCCGCGCCGCCGGCGCCGGCCCAGGCCAAGUCGCCGCGCGGCGAGGUCGUCACGGACCCGCAGCAACUGAAGGCCUGGCGCGACGCGGGCGCGCUGCCGCCGCGCGGGUUAAGGACGGUCGUCGCCUUUCCCCUGGCGCUCGACGCCUCGUGGAGCGCCGUGCGUGCUGCUAUAGCCGCCAAAACGCAGUCGUUGGGCGGCGACCUCGCCGAGGACCACGGAGCUUUAUAUGCUCGUAGAAGGCCCAUCGCCAAGGACUUCGAGAGGAUCGGCCCCGCCUGGAAGCGCCGCGAGGGCCUCGUGGGGACCGUCAAAAGGGCGGACGAAUUGUGGGUCAAACGCACAUUAACGUUGUCGCGGGGCGAGCUCGCCUACUUCGAGAAGCCGAACGACUGGAUGGUGUCGACGAGCGCGCGCGGGAGAUUGUCAGUGACGAAGGACACUUCACUGAUCGCGACCGAAAACGAGGAUGGCGCCUACUUCCGCGGGCCCGCCGGCGCGCCGACGCCCCACACGCUAAGUGUGAACGACGAGUGGACCUUUGCGUUCGACGACGCUCGUUCUUUGAUAGCCUGGCGCGACGCCUUAGAAACAGCAAAAACGACGCCCCCGGGACCGGCGCCGCCGAUCUUCGAGCUGCGGGCCGCCGCUGCGACGUCAUCCGGGUCCGAGACGCGCCAGAGACACGUCGUCGUCGCCUGCGACGGCGACUGCCGCGAGCCGAUCCGAGCCGCGGUCAAGGCUUUAAGGGAUGAGGACGCCGCUUGUGCUGAGUUGUGGAAGAGUGGAUCGAAGGCGCCGCCGGACGUGUUUGUUCUGUUAGAUCUCGCGGCGGCGGCUCGUAGAAAAGCCAUACAAAAACACCGCGACGCGUUUGCAAGGGUGCGGAGCGGCCUCGACCAAGCGGCGCUCCGCGUCGAGAAGGUCCGAGAAUUAGUACAACCCGGCUACACGGCCGCGCGCUUGGACGUGCCAUCUGUACAAAUCCCGGACAUUGAUAAGCCGUCGAACGACUGGCGCGACGGCUGUGUCGAUGAGGACGCUAGAAGUGAUGCUCUAGAAGCUGCCGUGAGUUACCUGCCGGUGAAUGAGACGGACCGACUCGUUUCGUUACGAAGAGCGUGUUCGUCGGCGUCCGCGGCUCUGGAAAGUCGCGCACAUACAAAGGCCGCGGAGGACGCGCGGAAGCAGGAGCGCGACCUCGUGGACAUCGUCGAGCCCGCCGUCAAGCGGGGACUGAGAGACAUGUGCGACAGUCUCGCGGACGCCGUCAAGGCGGGGGCCUGGAUCGGGCCGGAAGCGCCGUCCUCCGACCUGUGGCGCGUCGACGAGGUCGCCGCCCUGACGAAGGACGUCGUGCUCGUGCGCUUCGCGUGUACGAGGGAUAGUGUCACGCCGGGAACCGUCUGGGUGACGCGCGACGCGACGUACUUCGCGCCGUCGCUCGUCGGCAAGGUGUCGUCCUUCUUCUCGUUCUCGUCGAAAAAGGAGGAGAAGUUGAUCCGGAUGGCUCAUGCUGAUUUAUCAAAGGCGUCUCGGGUCGCGUCUCCGGUGCCGCUCAAAUCCAAUGCGGUGUCUCUGAAAAGUAGAGAUGGGACGUCUUUGAUUUUAACACUGAUCACGCCGGGCGCCUCCGUGUCGGCCUUUGUGGACGUGGUCACGACGUGCGCGGCGCCGCGGCCGCCGCCUCGACAAAAACCUGCGCCGGUCGUUGUGGAGGCCAAGCAGCCGGAGCAGCGCGAGGACGAGGUCGCGGGCGCGGCGCGGCGGCUGCGCGAGGCGCUGGCGCCGGUCGCGGAGCCGCCUCCUACGCCGCCGCGGCCCGAGCCGAUGCUGCGCGCGCCGCCUCCUGCGCCGCAGUCGCUCGGUGACUUUACGGGCGUCAAGGACUCGAAGCUCGGGGCGCGGAUCUCGCUGGGCUUUACCGCGACGACGCCGACUCAUACGCUCGCGCCGCCGCCCCCGCCUCCCGCGCCGCCGCCCGAGGAGGACGACGACGACGAUGUGUUUUUGGAUGCGCUUGACGGGAGCUAGCGGCCGUAAGAUAUAUAUUAUUAA